GCUCUCGCCUUCUCCCCUUCUUCUGAGAGGAGUGUGUUGAGACAGCUAGGACACGGGUACGGCUGCUGCUUGUGCUUCUGCUGCUGAGGAUGAUGAUACUGGUGUAGAUGUUGGGGUGGAGAGACCAGGGCAUGAUCGCCUUACAUCAGGUACAGAGGGGUAUUUACUCCAGAAUUUUUAUCACGGUGGAUUGUUUUUCCGUGAGAGUGCAUGUGUGGACGUGGAUGGAUGGUGAUGUAGGAGACUGAAGAUGGCUUUGUGUGUUUCAUAACAGCCCUUUGAGGAUGUCGCCUCCAUGACUGUAACCAGGCUAGGGGGCUAGGGUGUGAAUGUGUGUGAUGUUAAAUUCUUCAGCCAAAUUAGAAUAAGAAAAAAAUAUAUCAUAUGAUUGUUGUAUCAUACUUACUUGUCUGCAUAAGCUUUCACUGCCUUACUGAUGAUCUGUUAGAUAUAAUAAAUACAUAUCUGCACAAUUUUACAGCAAAGAGUUGAUUUGCAUCUCAGAAAUAAUCCAUUUCAUGUGAUUUGUGUGCUCAUGUGGGCUGUUUUUUUGCAGCCACAAUCACAGACACAGUUUUAACAGAAUGUGUCAUUGUGAUAUUAUAGUUAUUUUUUAUUAUUUUUGUGAGAAUUGACUCAUUCCCCAGUGCCAUCUUUUAGUUUCAGCAGUCAUAUAAGGAUCAACGACAACCUCAUAACCCUAAAAUAAACAGGACCAUGUGCCUCAGCGCUCUGAGUCACCUCCCUGUCAUUUUGGACCUUUUCUUUUCUGUUUCUUUCCAUUCAUCAAAAAAUAGUAGACAUCAGCUUGUACUCACUUCCUGUGCUGGUCCGGAGGUUAACUCUUUGUUUCCACCCGCUCAGAUGAGCAUGCUCGGCUGCACAGACCUGAGCCAUGGAGUCGCUGGGGGCAGACACACAGAGAGCCCAGUGACAGCAGAUAGAGAUGUCUUCUGCUGUCGAUAAAACAAGGGAGCAAAGGUCAGACCAAGCCUUCAAAGUUACAGUCUGUAGAUACUCUUUAUGAGCCAAACAGAAGCAGAAUGGUUCGUGCAGCAGCUCAAGAUGUAGUUUAUGUUUUAAAUUAUAAAGCAACCCGGACUACCUGCUUUGUCUAAAUUUAUUCCAGCUGAAUCAACAGUAUCUCUGUCUUUGCUGUGCUCAGCCCCAUCUGGUCCCUGAAGGGUCCAGAACAAGGCAGCGAUGGCGAAGAGGGAUUACCUGGUGGAGGCGGCCAAGCAGAUACGUAUGGCCCUGGACAGCGAGGUGAAUGAGGACUAUGAGGCCGCUUUCAGCUACUACAAGAACGGGGUGGACCUGCUGCUGAAUGGAGUUCAGUGUAAGCAGAAAAUAUCAGGUUUUUCAAGCAAUUGUUAAAGCUUGUUAGCACUGUGAAUGGGGAAUUUAAAGAGGCGUGUUUGCAGAAGACAUGUGAUGCGAAACAUGUGGACAAGAAUAAAAACAGGAAGUCACAAACCAAAGGGUAGACACUUCAUUCCAGUCAUCAGCCAGCUGAGGUUAUCAAAGAUCUUUCCUUGUACUUUUUUCACACAGCUUCUGUUUUUUUUUCGUGUUUAUUGGCAUCUGAUCGAGGUUAAUGUUUUACAGUGGACCCAAACAAGGACCGUCGGGAGGCAGUGAAGAGAAAAACAACCCAGUAUCUUAAGAGAGCUGAAGAAAUCUUCAUCACACAUCUGCAGGACAACCUUGGCAAGGGCAGCUCUCAUUUAGGGGUAAUAAAAUAAUCACUGUUUCAACCAUUUGUUUAAAAAAAAGGAACAUAGUGAUCACUCUUUAGAGGUGGCUUUCAUUUCCUCUUAUUCUAUGGUGAUUAAGAGGGCAGCGCUUGGCUAUUAUUGAGUAAGGUGGUGUGCAAAGUCAGCAUUUUUAGUACCACACAACAGCACCUCAUGCCUUGCUUCCUACAAAAGGAGAAGCAUAAGGGCCUGUUCUUCCCACAUUAUCUCACAGCUUUAGUCGUCUAAAAAAAUGUGGAAAAACUGCAUGUCUCACUUGUGAAAUGCUUCACUAUACCCCCACUCACACCCCCUGUGGGUAUUAUUUCUAGGGUUACAGCAGUCUGAGGUUCCGCCCAAUCAGACAUUUGAGCUCACCUGUAGAGGACUUGGAGAUGUGCAAGGUAGUUGGAGUGACUGAUAAGGUAAUACUGGCUUAUUUUGACUCGAAUGCUUACUAUAUGAGUGUAUUCAUUUCUCUGUAGGCGCUUAGUGUUGGGCGCACAGUAUCAUAAUAAUAAUUUUUCCAUCCACAGGUCCUGAUUGUCCAAAGCAUGGUCAAUAAGGAGACUUUUGUUGUAAAGGUCAGUCUUUUUUCUCUGUUGUUAGAGGAGAAUCUAAAGGGCGGUAGAGAAUAAAUGAUGUGAUAUUAACUUUGUGUUAAAAAUGUAAAUUAAUGCUCCUGUAUGUUUCAAUUAUUUUGGUGGCUCUUUUACACAAAGCGAUACCUCUAAUCUGUUCACUGAUGCUGCCCUGUAUAUGUGUUUUUGCCAUUUAAAAAACAGAGAUAUCAUCCUACUUGUUUACAGAGAGUAGGGUGAUAUCUGAGAUGUGUCACUCAUUGAGAGCCUUUGCUGUGAAAAUGCAAAGAAAGGCUGUUCAUUCAGUGUGCUAUUCAUAGGACACCCAGCACUGGUGCGUCAAGAAUAACUUCAUAAAAAUAAUUAUCUUUAUCGAUGAUGAGCUCAUUUUCUUUUUGUAGUUCAUAAAUAGGCUUCAGUAUAAAUUUUAACCUGCUUUAGAAACAGCUAAAAAUUCCUCACAGAGGCUUUAAAGGCAAACGUCUCUCCGCUGACAGCAGAUAGAUUUCAGGGUUGCCUUCUGGCAGAGACCCCGCUCUUGUAUUGUGUGGCAGGGCAGUCGAUGGAAGCUCUCUCCAUCCUGUCUCCCUGAGUAUCAUCCAGCAUUGAUCUGCCUGAAAGCCCUCACCCUUUUAGCCAGCGCAAGCACACCUCAAAUUUCACUGACUGGAUAGACGAUGCAUCAGACAGCCUUUCAUCUUUACAGGGGUAGCAGGAGUAGUCGUUAGCCUACUUCCUUUUAAUCAGGUCUGACACUGUUUUCCUCCUGCAAACAUGCAUUUUCCUUUACUCAAAGAGUCAGUCGUGUUGUGAUUGUGCUUUUUCAGAGUCUGGUCAAGUCAAGCUGGGAGAGCAGGGACCAGCCCACCAUCAUUCCUCAGGGGGUGCCAUACAUGGUGAAGCUGCUGAGGUAUUAUGUUAGUGAGGAUGCUGUGUACCUGCAUCUGGAGCAUGUCAAAGGUGAGAUUUCAACCAUCACUCUGCUCUCUGUGCUGCUGGGUCGGACAGUGUGGGACAGACUGAGAAACAUAUAAAAAAGUCCACUGAUUUUGACAAAGUAUGUAUGAUCUUAUCGUCUAAGGUGGGAGGCUGUUCUCCAAGCUGCACAAGCUAAGAAACGAGAAGGCCAAGGAACACCCAGAAUGCUUCGGUUCUGGUAAGCCCAGCAACAAGAUGAAGACCAGCUACACCUCACCCACAAUCAGCACAGACUACCAGCACCACAGCAGAGGGAGCACAGGGGUUACCUUCAGUGACGAGAGUGCAGAUACAGACUUCCCCACUUCAUGGGAUGAGACUCAGCAGCGUGUGGAGAGCUGCGGGACUCACUCCUACAUCGAGGAGACAGGGUGUCUGCAGAACAAACGCUCUGCAGCCUCAUUUUACACCAGGCUUGAGCGGCUAACUCUGCAUACCGGCCCCACCAGAGCACAGCUUAACACCCGCAUCCAUCCACCAGCCCCCAGUUUGUGUUUGCACUCCAGUGAAACUCAGGAACAGCCUGCUCUUCCUCUGUCUUGCGCUCGUGUCAGUCAAGCCCUCGAUGUCAUGUCAGGAGUUCACUCAAAGAAAGUGGGGAUGGGGCUGACGGAGUGCAGCUCUGAGUUUGAAGCGGCCUGGAAAGCUGCAGAUCCAGCACAAAACUGUGAGAAAAUAAACCCCUAUGCAGUGACUGACAGUCAUUCUCAUAGCAUACUUCGACCAACUUCACCUCAUGCCAAUCAGACCUCACUGAUGAAAGCAGGAUCACAAAACACUGAAUAUAAUGGUUUGAGUUCCUCGCCUGCCAUUUUGCAUCUUCCUCUCCAUUGCCAAACCCAGUUCCGUGGAAGGGCAGCAUGGGAUACCAGUGGCUCCCACCAAGGGUCUGUUCUGGCUGGUAGCUCCACAGACAUGGUUACAGACUCAAAGCAGGACAGCAGCCCAACAAAUGAGGAAAGAAAUGGAGUGGUGGUCAUCAAGAGCACGGACAGAGCUGUAUUUUCUGAACACACAGACUCAAAGGUUUCUGUGGGGAGCUCCUGGACUUCCUCUGCCUCACUCUGCCACAGCUUUGCAGCAAAACAAGGGAAACUCCCAGGGGUGAAUGACAAAGGGGGGACAUGUUUAAGAGAAGGCGUUGAAGAAGUCUGUGAGCUGAGCCUGAGAGAGAAGGAUAAACCUGCCAAAGAGGGACCAUUUGUGAGCUGGUUCUCCUCAAACCCUCCUGGAGCCCCACCCAACAGGAACUCAGAGGAUGUCCUCCUGAAAUCAGAGGGAUCAGACGGCCAGGUGGAAGACCAGAUCAUAGAAGUGGAUGGAUGGUGCCACCUGCCACGGGUUUCUGUAAAAACCUCUGAGCCUACAGAUAAGACCAUGCAGACCUGCUGGGGGCUCCCUGAGGCAGAGGUGCGUGUCUGGGGAGCCCAGAUCCUUCUGGCAUUGGAAAGUCUGCAUCAGCAAGGCAUCCUGUGUCGGGACCUCAAUCCUCGAAAUGUUCUGCUUACUAGUAAUGGUGAGCUCAUCUUGUUUAUUUAUACGAAAUGCACGAGGAAAAGAGGAGUGACAUUUUGUUUAAACACGGUGUUUUUGCAGGAAAGGUGUGUUUGACAUUUUUCGGCCAGUGGAGUGAAGUUCAGUCUGAGAUUUGUUCCAAAGCCAUGGAUCAGAUGUACUGUGCUCCAGGUAACGUAGAGUGCUUGUUCUCAAGGCUGAGUUGUGUUUGUUCUGUGGUGCAACCUGCCACCUAGUGGCCAGAUUUAGAUGGUCUAUUAAAGUAGCAUGAAGCAUCCAUUUGACAGCAUAAAUCUCAUAUAAUGUGAAUGAACUCUGAAUUCAUCUUGUUUAUUGUUGACAGAAAUUGGUGGUGUAUCCAGGGUUACCGAGGCAUGUGAUUGGUGGAGUCUAGGAGCUUUGUUGUUUGAACUAUUAACAGGAAUGGUAAGGGAAGACUCUUCCAAGCAUGUUUAGUCUUAGUAUUCAAGUAUUGAAGUGUGUUUUAGGCUAACUAUAACACCGUUUUCUCUGCUCACUCUGCCUUCAGCCACUCUGGCAGCUCCAUCCAGCAGGAAUCCACUCCCACACCCAGUUGCUCAUCCCCGACCACCUGAGCACCGCAGCUGCUUCUCUGCUCACAGAGGUCAGAUUUAAAGCUUCAUAUACCCGCAUGGAGCCUGUGAAAUAUACUCAGCAACACUCACCUGAUUUUAUCUAACAGGAUCAUGUCUUCUUCACAGUUGCUUCAGUUUGAUGCUGGCUAUCGUUUGGGGUCUGGAGGUGGAGGAGUCAGCGACAUCAAGUGUCAUCCUUUUUUCAGUGCAAUCUCCUGGAAGGCUCUGAGCUGCUAGCAGGAGCAGCAGCGGCUCCUCAGAUCCCUGUCCUGUUUUUAGUCAGCAGAUGAACUGAACAAAGCAUCUUUUUGUGGCCGGUUGUGCUUCCUAAAAUAAACUGACAGUAAAAGAUAGAAUAUGAACAAAAAGGAUGAAUCGUGCCCCUUCCAGAUCAUGAAAAAAGAUGUGUUUAUCUAAACUUCUGAGACUUAAAUUAUAGGAACUUAAAGUACUUUUGAUGCAAUUUUGAUACAUUUCGUUUUACUGUAUCCAUGCAUAUUACUUCUUAGUUAACAUGCAUGAAUAUCUGACACCAACCCAAGACUGAAUUCUAAGUAUUACAAAUGUUUGACUAUCUCGAAUUGAAUAUUGUUCAAAAACAAGAACAUGUGGCAAUAAAUUGUUACAGCUUCUUUAUUCCUGGUA